AAAAUUAUUAUCAGUUGCAUUUUUUUGCGUAAAAAACACGUAGAAUUUUUGUGCAAGUGCCAAUCAUCGGCAAAAUUUGAAAAAUGAUUUGAAUUUCGUGCUCCAAUAUGUCUAGAUAUCCGAAGAAAUAAUGCUACCAGGUAUUGGCAUAUUUGGUUCAGGAAAUAUCGUUAAAAUAAUCGUACCAUACUUGAAGCAGAAAGGCUUCAAAGUCGAAGCGCUAUGGGGCAGAACAUUAUCAAAAGCUGAGGAAACAGCAAAAGAACUUGGCAUACCGUAUCACACGAAUAAGAUAGAUAACGUGUUAUUGCGAAAAGAUGUUGACUUGAUUUUCAUUCUAUGUUCGCCCCAUCUGCAAGCGCAAAUCGCCGUCAAAGCUCUCGGAAUAGGCAAACAUGUCGUAUGCGAUAAGCCUGCAGGUUUGUGUCAAAGCGAUGCCAUCAAAAUGGUUCACGCUGCUCAAUACUAUCCGUCUUUGAUAUCAAUCAUCAAUCAUAGUUUACGAUUCCUUCCCGCUUUCACGCAUAUGAAGAAAGCCAUUUCUGAAGGCUUUAUCGGAGCUGAAAAUGAAAUAACUGCCUGCGAUAUUCGCGUUCAAAUGGAAACGUUAUAUUUGAAUCGAUACAACUGGCUAUGUGAGAAAUCCAUGGGCGGCGGUGUAUUAACGCUUAUUGGCAGUCAUAUUAUCGAUUUGAUAUCUUACUUGAUCAAUCAAAAAGCUGUUAGAGUGCACGGUAUUGUGAAAACUUUCGAAGAAACUUCCGGCACCAUAAAUGGCAUCAGACGUAUUACGAGUUCAGAUUUUUGUACUUUUCAAAUGGAAAUGAGCGGUAACGCUCUCGUAACGGUUACUCUUAACAGCCAUCUUCCUGGUAUCUAUCAUCAAGAAGUUUUGAUUUGCGGUAAAAAUGGCCAUUUACUGGUGAAAGGGGGCGAUUUACACGGUUACAAGAAAUCCACCCAAAAAGAAGAAGUAUUAUACCUGGACGUUGAAGAUUUACAAAAAUCCGAUAAACUGAAUCCGCUAAUGGGUAACAUAAUACCCAAACCUUAUAUAAAAGGAUUUUUCAAAAUGAUAGGUUCUUUAAAAGAAGCGUUUCUACCGGUCGAAGAUAAAAGCGGCUGGAUAAAACAGCCAGUUGCCGAUGCUUCUACUUUCGAAGAUGGUUUAUAUGUACAAGCUGUGAUAGAUGCUUUAUACAAAUCCAGCGCUAGGCGAGAAUGGGUGAGAGUUGAUAUGAUUACAGAAGAACCAGACCCAAACCCUUUGCUUAGCGCUGCGGUCAGAAGAACGGGUAUUUCUUUGUAAAUCAUAUUUUCCUCUUUCGGAGCUACAUUCCAUUUCCAGUAUUACUUUCUACAAUCAUUUCUGUUCACUUCGAACUAUGUACACAAUCAUUUUAAAACGAAACUCAAUAAACUAAAACAGUUAUGUAAAUUUGUAAUGUACCCAUUAAUUAAUAUAAUUGAUUGAACUCUG